ACACGACUGAAUAGCGUCUAGUUUUUUGCUCAGUUAUUUCUCUAUUAUUCCGACAUCAAUAAAUUUUGCGGUGUUAUUCGUGAGAGUUCGGCUGUACGUGUGUUGUAUAUCAUUGAAAUAAUACGUGCCGAAAUCUUCUGUUUACACAGGUUGUUAGUGGCAUAUGUGAUACUACGAGAAUAUUACACUAGACUUUUACACAGAUGGAAUAUAAAUGGUGGGGUGUCUGUCUCUGUAACGUCGCGAUGAUAGCUGCGAUACUCUAAAAACUUACGGGCAGUCGAUGUCGCGUGGACUCGCCGAGAAGAAGGACAUACGAAAUAUGUUACACGUUCUCGCUACCGCUGGCUACUGUUACCGCCACCGCUGAACCAGGUGCGUUAGAAGCAAGAGUUUUGAGUUUUGUACAACGGAUACGUCGGAUCUCCCCAGCUGUAUUAACAACCGUGUCGUUAUACGCUGCGUGUAUAGUCGGUGUUAUUUGCAAUGAGACAAGUUUUUUGAGUAUUGGAACGAAAGCGUAGCACGCGUGAAACAAAUGGUUGGCAGUUCGAGAGAGUGAUUGUUAAAUCCCUCUCUGAAAAAACCUUGGAGUGAUAAAGAGAUCUACUAACAACUGAUAAAACAGACGAUCACGUUUGCGCGAAGCUGACUGAGGAGAAUUCGUUCAGUAGGUUUAGACGGUUCGAACGUGGAAGGAUAUUCCCGAGUGACCAGAUUCCCGCUCACAGAUUCCGAACUGGAUCGUUCGAUAUUAUCGGAAAAAUGUCAGACGCCGAUUUCGUGGAUACGCUGAAAUGGCCGGAUUACGUGGUGAUCGGUGUUAUGCUCGCAAUAAGCGCGAGUAUCGGUAUUUACUACAGAUUCACGGGGGGGAAACAAAAGACCACAGAGGAAUAUUUUUCGGCCGAUCGAGCGAUGAGCGUGGCACCACUCUCCCUGGCGUUGAUGGUUUCCUUCAUGUCGGCUGUAACUGUCCUGGGAGUGAGCUCGGAAAAUUAUAAUUACGGAACCCAAUUCCUGGCGAUAUACUUCGGUUACACGUUGGGCACCCCGGUCUCUCUCUAUCUCUACCUACCCGUAUUUUUCAAACUCCAGAAGACCAGCGCUUACGAGUAUCUGGAGAAAAGAUUCGGAGUGGUCGCCAGACUGACCGCGAGCAUAGCGAAUUCCCUUCAGCUUCUCAUCUACACCGGAGUGGUCCUCUACGCUCCGGCAUUGGCGCUCGAAGCAACGACCGGUCUGUCGGGCGACCUGAGUGUUCUGUUGAUCGGCUUGAUCUGUACAUUUUACUCGACGGUAGGCGGAAUCAAAGCGGUUCUCGUCACGGACGUUUUUCAAGGUGUUUUGAUGCUGCUAGCAGCGGUGAUGGUGAUAACGUUCGCCGCCAUUAACGUGGAGGGUGGUCUCGCCGGUAUUUGGCAACUGGCGCUCGACGGGAAUCGCGUCGAAUUGGACAACUUCUCUCCGGACCCGACCACGCGGCACUCCUGGUGGAGCCUGACGAUCGGAGGAUUUUGCACUUUCCUAACGCUCUACGGAGUCAAUCAGGUCCAGGUCCAGCGUUUGCUGACGGUCGGGACCCUGAGAGAAGCUCAGAUGGCCAUGUGGGGCAAUUGGCCGUUUCUCACCUUCCUGGGUAUAUCGACAUCGUUCUCGGGACUCGCGAUUUACGCUUAUUACAGCAAGUGCGAUCCGAUCGCGGCUGGUCAAAUAGCGUCCGCUGACCAACUGAUGCCGUAUUUCGUGAUGGAGACAGCGGGUCACAUACCGGGAUUAGCCGGUCUAUUUGUCGCCACUAUAUUCAGCGCUGGUCUGAGCACGGUUUCGGCUAUGCUGAAUUCCCUCGCCGCCGUGACGCUCGAGGACUACAUAAAACCUUCAUACGCGAAAUGCGGUCGCGUGUUUCCCGACAAGCACGGUGCCCUAGUGGGAAAAAUAUUAGCCCUCGUUAUCGGUGUGAUCUGUGUACUGAUAGCCUUCCUCGCCAAGCAUUUGGGCAGUCUGAUUCAAGCGGCCCUCAGCAUAACCGGAGCCGUCGGUGGACCAGUACUGGGUAUAUUCACUCUCGGUAUGUUCUUCGAGUCGGCCGAUGAGAAAGGUGCCGUAAUCGGGACUUUGACCAGUCUGGCUAUCGUCUGUUGGGCCGCUUUCGGCCAGCCCAGACCAGAGACGGUAAGACUGCCGGUGUCCACCACCGGCUGCAACGCGACCUUAACCACUUUUGCGAACGUUGAACAAUCGCCCCCAGGAGAUUCGAGUGCGUUUUACCUCUACCGUGUUUCGUACAUGUGGUACGCACCGAUGGGUCUCGUGGUCGCUGUAAUUGUCGGUCUCGCUGUAAGUAAUUUCUGGCGACUCUGGACGAAGGAGCCGAUCGCCGAACUGGAUCCCGAGUACUUCACACCUCCGGUAGCGAACAGAAUUCGACGGAGACGCGCCAAAGCUGAGAAAACUAUCAGCAAUCAGACCCUGACAACUAGUUAUGGGUCGAGGGAGGCGAAUCAAGCGUCUCCCCAGUGAUCUGGAAACUACGUUCGUUGUCAUUUUUUACCCGAAAAGAUACAAAAAAAAAAAAAAAAAAAAAAUCACACCCGCUCAACUUUUUUCCCAUAUAGGUACAUUAUUUGUUUCAUUCAUUCCACUUGUAAAUAAAUACAUGCAAGAAAA